AUGAAUGAAGCUAAUCCUACUGAUCGGCCCGCGUCGGGCCAAAUGCUUAGCACGCACGAGAAGCGACAAGCGGAUGUCAAUGCGCUUCGGGAAGCCGGCAACAAUAGUGCCGCAGCUGGCAACAUGCGCACAGCUUUGAACAUCUUUGAACAAGCGCUAGGACUCGCCCCGACCGACGCAGUGCUUUACGAGCUUAAAUCCCAGUGCCACUUGUCGCUGGAAGAGUACCUGGAGGCCGUGAAGGCAGCGAGAAAGGCGGUGGAAUUGGCUCCUCAUUGGAACGAAGCCGCUCUCACCUUGGGCCGCGCUCUCAUGUCUCUGGGAGAAGUCAGGUCGGCCGUGGAGGUAUUGAGCAGGUUGCUGGGCAAGGACGGUGGAAACGAGGAAGUGCGCGAGGAGCUAAUUUACGCCAAUGAGGCUUUGAUGGAGUUGCAGCGGCGGGAGGCGGACUUCGAUUUACAGUUGCAUGGUCGGGCGGGUCUGGAUAAGCGAGAGCUGGAGGUCGCCCGCGCAAAGAAACACAUGUUGUCGCGGGGCGCGAAUGUGUCGUCGGAUUGCUGGCUGGGGGGAUCCGAAGGCUCAGAAGGAGAGAAUGGGGACAGAGGGGAACGGGCGGGUGGGAUGGGCGGUGGGACGGAGGAAAUGCCAGGGAGUAAUUGGUGA